AUGGCCCAGCGAGCGGACCACAAUCUCAUGUUACAUCAGAACUUACUAUUUCGUCAAUCUAACACCGGAGAAUAUCAAAUUGUCGUACCUGGGGCAAUAGUGAGACCUCUGGUGGAGGAAACCCAUCGAAUUUAUGGACACUGUGGUACAUACAAGACAUUCAAACUGUUACAACAGAACCACCAAUUCAAAAAUAUGUACCAGACAAUCAAAGGGAUCAUCAAAGUUUGUGACUUAUGUCAAAAGGCAAAAAUAAGUAACCUCACCGCUAGGGGGACCAACGUUAAGCCUAACCCCGGAAAAACCAAGAGAAAUGAUAUCGGCAGAUCUCAUGGGGCCCUUACCGAGGGGACAAGGAGGGUGUAG